AUGGAGUCACUACAGAUGCGGUGGGUGGAGUGCCCUCUGCUGGACGCUGCUAAUCUCGUUCUUCACUCGCCAUCCAGCAGCGAAGACGAUGACGAUGAUGACCCUAUCGACCUUCUGAACCGGCGCGAGGGGCACUGCUCUGCAGUCGUGUACCCGGCAACACCCAUCGACAUGUCCGCGGCAUCGUCGCGCGAUUCGUGGGUGCUCGUGUGCGGUGGGUACUCCAAUGGGAGCGUCUCUGCGACCCCGCUGGUGGCACGCACCUCCCUCCUGCCUGCACUUCAGUGGGUGCGACUGCCGCCGGUGGACGCGCUCGAGUGUGACGGUGCCACGCUGACCACGGUGGUGUCGGCGGUUGGCGUUGACGCGAUGCCAGCCACAGCAACCGCUGCUUCAGCAUCGUCCUGCGUCUGCGCUACUGCAGCCCCUGUCGCCUACCUGUUUGGCGGGCUUGGCGCUGACAUGAAUCGACGCAACACACUGUACACCGUCGCCUUGCACGUCGACGCAGACGCGACGCCUGUGAUGGUGCAGGUGGACGAGGUGCACUGCACUGGCACCCCGCCCGAGGCACGUGUGCGGCACGGUGCUGGCGGACACGCUGGCCGCCUCUACAUCUUUGGAGGCGAAACGGACACCCAGGAGCAGUCCAGCGACCUGUACGUGUGCGACGUGCAAGCGGGAGUCUGGCGAGUCCUCGCCUCACCGUCGUCGCUGCCGUCUCCGGCGCCGCGGCUGCUGUCGCUGAGUCUGCCGUUUGUCGCACCGACAACGUUUGUGCUCUACGGCGGCGCGCAUUUCGUGAAUGGUGACCUGCGCAGCUUUUCUGACGUGUGGAGGUUCGACCUCGCCACAGAGGCGUGGUCGGUGGUGGUGCCUCCACAACCGGAUGAUGGUACACCCGGGGAGGAGGAGUGGCGCGCUGAUGUCCCGCAGCGCGUCUUGCCACGGUCGAACGGCCAUGCCGGCGGUGUGUUCGCGCUGCGGCUCUCUGACAGCGCGACGUACGUGUGCGCUGCUUUUCUGGGUGGCAAGAACGUAUCCGAGGGCGAUGACGCCGUCAAGUUCGUCUGCUUCCACCUUCAGGCCAACACAAUGGAGGCUCGCGUGCGCCAUGCGACGCCGGCAGCGGUGAGUGGGAAGCUACCUCACUGGCGCUACACGCCGACUGUGGUGAACACAGAGAAAGGCCUGCUGCUGCUGGCUGGCCAGUGCCGUCAUCCACAGACACCGUCCGCGUUUCUCCUCACCGUGUCUAUCGGCAGCGCUGAAGGGGGGUGA